GGGUACAGUUUCUGCAGAUGAGGUGCAUGUGGAGAUUGUGGUUAUUGUUUGCACCCCUACAGUUGUUCUGGUAGGAAACCUUUUCACCUUUAAGUGGCCACUUGAAAUACUUGACUCGAGUUCAGAUGGCUGUCGUUUGCUUUUGUAAGACUCUCAGGACAAUCACAACACAUGCAAGUGUCAGCACUGGAUCAGUAUGCAGACAGUUCUUUAAGAGUCCAGCCAUUCACAGGACUGUUAACAGCACAUUGCAACAGCUUGAAAGUGCAAAUCAAAGAGUCUUUCAUACAUCCCAGUCUGUGAUGGUCACAAAGAUUCUGUCUGUGGAAGAGAUCUUCAACAAGAAAUCUUUACUUGACUAUUUAAAGAAGAUGGAAAUGGAAUAUAACACAUGUGUACAAGCCAUCAAUACUGAUAAGCAAAGAGUGGAUGACAUAAACAGGACUAACCUGUCUGUACUAGGGCAUUUAGUCCAAAAAAUAAAAGAGUUAGAAGGAAAACAGAAAGAGUUGGAGGACACACAAGAGUUGUUGAAAGAUGAUGAUCCAGACUUGCGUGAACUGGCUGAGACAGAGAGGGAAGCCUGUCAGGCAGCCAUUCAUGAUCUGAAACAAAAGAUUUUAUCUCUUCUGAUCCCAGAGGAGGAAUCGGACAUGAGUGACCUGGUCCUAGAGGUGACUGCAGGGGUCGGAGGUCAAGAGGCUAUGCUCUUUUCCGCAGAAAUCUUUGACAUGUAUCAAAAGUUCGCUGCUUUCCACGGCUGGGGCUUUGAAAUCUUGGAGGUCAUGUCUAGUGAACUAGGGGGUGUCAGGCAUGCAACGGCCAGCAUCAGUGGUCCACUGAGCUAUAAAAAGUUAAAGUUUGAAGCUGGCGUCCAUCGCGUCCAGAGGGUCCCGAAAACAGAAAAGCAAGGUCGCAUGCACACCAGCACGAUGACAGUGGCGAUACUUCCCCAGCCCACUGAGAUCUCAUUCACUAUUAACCCCAAAGAUCUGAGGAUAGAGACGAAAAGAGCGAGUGGUGCAGGUGGACAACAUGUCAACACUACUGACAGUGCAGUGAGGAUCGUUCAUCUACCUACAGGCAUAGUGUCUGAAUGCCAGCAGGAGCGUUCCCAGAUAAAAAACAAAGAGAAAGCCAUGACGUUACUGCGAGCCAAACUCUACAGCGCCAGGUUGGAGGAGGAAACCAGUAAGAGAUACCAGGCUCGAAAACUCCAGAUUGGCACCAAAGGCCGAUCGGAGAAGAUCAGGACAUAUAAUUUUUCCCAGGACCGAAUCACCGAUCACAGGAUUGGAAAAACCAUUCAUGAUGUUCAUGGAUUUUUACAAGGAGAAGAACUGCUGGAGGAGAUGGUUGUGUUUUUGCAGCAGUUUUCCGAACAAGAAUCCCUCAUGGAUAUUCUCAAAGACAAUGAUCACUGUCAGUAGUUAUUUGUAGCAAUAAAGAAAUGUGUAAAAAC